GAGCUCUUCAGAACUUUCUGUGAUGACGAGGAGUUCUUGAAGGAGAGACGGAAGCUGCUUCGGACCAGGGCAGGGCUGACUGUGCCAAAGUUUCGCUUUGUGAUCCUGAACAAUGACCACAUCUCUGCAAACGAGGUCACAAGUGAUGCAAACUUUGGCUUGUUGCUCAAUUUCAUGGCUUCCUUCAGCCAUUCCCUUCCUCGUCGAAAGGAACUCGAGGACUGGGCUUCUGUGGAAGCUGGAAUCAUCAUGAGCUGCUCCAGCUACAUCAUGGAAAGGUUCCAGCGGAACCCAAAAGCUAGGCCGGGCCAUGAACGCAUGGAUCAGCUGAAGCAGGUUGUGCGCAUGAAGCUUCAGGACUGCGACUUAUUGACCCCAGAAGGCAAAAAGUUUGCUGUUCGUGGACCUGGAAAUGGCAAGAACUCCUCGACGAAGAAGGGAACAGCAGAAGACCCGUCCAUGGCUGAAACGCAACAACAGGCAACUCCGCUGGGUGGGAUCCCUAGCGCAACUCCAUCCCCGAUCCACCCAAUGAGAUCCCUUAGCUCAGUGUCGCCCAUGCCAACUUUGGAAAGAAGAGCUAGUACUUCGGACUUGGACGGAAAGAUGAAUGGAGAUGUGGAAAUGGAUGGUCAUGAAGAAUUUGAGGAAAUUGAAUAUAUAGAAGAGGAGGAGGAAGAGGAAAUGAGCGAGGAUGACCCUGUUGUUAACCUUGAGGUUGAUGGAUUCCAGGACAAUGACACAAUUCAGAUUCUUAGUGAGGAUGAAUCUGAAUUGCCAAUGUCGCCUGGCAAGACUGCUGACAAGCCCGCUGAGGAGGUGUUUGGGGGUGGAUUGUGGGCUGAUGCUGCCACCAGUGUCUUUCCACCAAACUGGCCUGAACAAAGGUAUUUUGAACAUAUCCCUGAGCGAGAUCUAGCUGAUCAAACGGAUGAGAUGAUCAAGGCAGCCAAGGUGCAUGAAGAAUUACAGGAAGAGAUGAAAAGCGAUGAUGAAAAGGGUGAGAAGGAAUCCAGCAAAGGUACCUUCAAGGACCGCAAGCCUUUGGUUGAAGUUACUGAGAUUCCUGUGGAUUUGCUCAAGAAGAAGGACUCCAAGGAUGCCGAGUACCCGAUGGACAAUGACGGAGCCAAAGCCGAGUUCUUAAAGGCACAACAAGCACUGCGAAGAAUGGACAAAGAACGUUUGGCCGAACAUGAAGACCCAGACAAGUACUAUGCUGAAGAGAUUGAUCGAGAUGAAAAUGAAGAUGAACCUGAUGGCGAUGCUGCAAAGAAAGGUGAUGAAGUUGUGGAAGCCCCUGCUGAGCCAAUGCAGGAAAAACCUGAUCUACCUGCUGCCAGUCCUAAGAAGCCGAAGGCAAAGCCUGCUAAGAUGGAAUUGGACACAAAGGACAUUGAGAAGAAAGAGAACAAGGUCGAAGAACCGCUGGAAAAACCAGGUGAAGAAGAGCCAGGUGAGAGGAAGAAGCGUAGUAAAGCUCCAGCCAAGGAUGAUGAAACUGUGAAGAAGGCUGUAGUUCUGGCCAAGCUGGACAACUUGAGCUUGCUGAAGGCCAAAAUUUCUGAUGAUCCGCUGGCUAUUCUGCCAAGUGAAGCAGAGCUUGGGGUUCAUAAGUCUUUCAUGCUCUCACCACCAGAAAGCCUGCCAGAGGAGGUGAAUGCGCAAGGCGGUGUCAGCGUAAGCUGGGCAAAGCGUGGAGGGCCGUUUCAAGCGCCCGAAAUCCCAGAAGAUCAUAGCAGCAAAGUCAUCAGGUGGCAGCUGUCGAAGAUGAUUGCAAAGUGGAUGGACAUCAAGGACAUGUCGGUUGCAGAUGUUUUGGAAGAGCUGGAGUAUGUGGCCUGCGAGGUGAUUUGUGUGUCUUGCUACAUGGGCUACUUCAAGCGAUGGAUUCACAAGGAAGAACGUGGCGAGUACCAGGCCAUUUGCAAGGAUUGCAAUUGUGACAAUAUCAGUAUCCAAAAGUGGUGCCGUUUGAAAUCCCAAAAGCGAGCCAAGCUGGCUGACUUGGACUGCCUGGAUGCCUUUAGUGGUCAGGGUCGCAUCACUCAGGUGUUCCGUCAGAUAACAGCCCGAUGGAUCAUCUUGGGACUGGUGGCCACAGCUCGGAAAGUAUGGCCUUGGAUCCAUGCAUUGGAAGGCAAACUGAAUGAGAAGGACAAGAUUCGCAUUGAGAAGCAUAAGCAGGCGCAAAGCUUCACAGCAGACUUUGCUCCACAGCCGCAGAUGCCUGCCGACAGCCAGCUGAAGGACUAUUUGAAGCAACAGGUGGAUGAUGGCGACUAUGCGCCUAUUAUGCGUUCUGACCUUGUGGCUGAUGCAAUUCGGAAUGCUGCUAUGCGUGCGGAAAGGUUGGACAUGCCAUCAGCACCUGCGAUGCUGGCAUCCAAAGCCAAAGGACAUGCGUCACAGGAGACUUUGCCAGCGUCCGACAGUCAGUUGGAAGAAGCUUUGAAGGAGGCUUCACUUGGCAUUACCACCCCUGAGAACCGCAUUCGCAGAAACAUGUCACAACCUGCAGACAUUUCACACGAGAAAGAAGCCAUGCCGCAGCAGAAGAGACGAAAAGUGGUGAAGGUGAUUAAGCGAAAGGUUGCAACUCCUCAAGAAGGUCAAGCCUUACCAGCCCCAGCCAGAACUGAAGCACCACCAAGUGGGCCCACAGCUCCAGAGAAUGCUCAUGACCACCUGACCACGCAGUUGGUUUCACCAGUGCCAGCACGGGCUGAGCAAGCAACACAUGAACACGCAGAUGCUGCAGCACAACCUGAACAAGUCUCGCCACCCAUCGCACCAGCAACGAUUGCACCGGCAGAAGCAGAACAAGUGUCAGCAUCCACUGCAGCUGCACCUCAUCGAGCCCCUGAGACUGCCAUGGAUACAGCCCCUGAGACAGCCCCUGAGGCCACCCAACCUGCACCAACAGAGCUGCCUGCCCGACCUGCAGCACCAGGACCACGUGUCAAUGAAAGGGUCGUGCAUCCACCACAGAUUCCAGCCAAGACAGAACCUGCAACACCAGGAUCAGCUGUCAAUGUCAAGCGUGAACAUACCGAAGCGACCAGCAGCAUUCCUAGCAAGCAAGAACCGAUGACUGAACAACGUCGCCGUGCUGUUGAACAAGCCAAGCAAGACAACAUGCAGCGCAGCAGCACUCAAAGCCAACUAGGAUCUCCAGCUGGUCCUUCCACCCGCAUGCCCAACACCAAUGCCUCACAGUCCUCAGGCCCAGCCAAUGGUGCAGCACCUCCUGUUGCACGUGGUCCGCCAGCAGCCCACCCUGCAGCCCCAGCACAGCCGCCACAAGCAACAGCAGCACUUCCUGUUGCACGUGGUCCGCCAGCAGCCCACCCUGCAGCCCCAGCACAGCGGCCACAAGCAACAGCAGCACCUCCUGUUGCACGUGGUCCGCCAGCAGCCCACCCUGCAGCCCCAGCACAGCGGCCACAAGCAACAGCAGCAGGUCAAGAACCAGCUGACUCAGAGGAUGGACGCAGCAACCAUGAUGAUGAGACAAGAUCUGUGGGAGGGUACUCAAGCACGACAUCCUUUUCUCAGGCUUUGGAGAGAGAUCUGACUACCCUGUUGGAAAACCAGGAGGGAGGAGAACGUGAAACCAGAAGGAAUGAAGACAACAGAGACACAGCUCAGCCAGCCGUUCCCAGGCGAAGACGUGCAAGGACUGUGGAAGAAAAAGCGAUCCAUGCAAAGUUCAUGCGCUUUACGGUCUGGCUAACGAGGGGGCAAAUUGCCACCAAGUAUGGGGAUCGGGGCAUAGCGGAUGAAAUAUGUGAUGGGAAGCUCUUGGAUGCGUCCCUCCGAGAGACACACACGAAGCCCCAUCCAGAUGCUCCCAACUCCGAGACCUUGAAGCUCUUCCUGGUGUGGGACAGCGAGGGCAUCCAGGAAUCCGAAGACCGGGUCCUGGAACAGAUCUUCGAAAGUGUGGAUGCUGAUUCCGAUGACGACAGCGCGUCCAGUGACACCAAGAAAAAGAAGCGUAAGCAUGGAAAAGAUGGAAAGAAGGAUAAGCGCAAUUCCAGCAGUGACAAGUCAUCGGAUUCCUCAUCCGGCAGUGGUGACAAGGCACUGAGCAAGAUCAAUGACCGGAUUGCCACGGCCUCCCAGAGGUCAGAUGUCCUCAGGGCCGCGAUCGAGAGUGAAUUGGAUGCCCACAAGGAUAAGCUGAUCCAGCUCCGGGGAAAACUCCAAAAGGCUGUGGACAAUCUCGAUGCUGCAUCUUUGCCAGACCUGAUUGCUGCCGCAAAUGCGGCUGGAUCCACUGUGGGCAAAGUGAUGAGGCCCUUGAAAGCCCACACCAAGGACCUGGAGUGGUUGAGAAUGAAGGGACGCUGGAAAUAUCAUAUCUCAUCGGCACACAUCGAGACUGAGCAAAACUUCCGGUGGGAAGAAUGCAUCGCGCUGGACUACACAUCUCCAAAGGAGAGCUUGCCCAGUAUUGGAACCAUGCAGCUGCAUUUGGACAGGUGUGUCAUCAUUGCCGAGCAGUUAGCCAGUCACAGGAACGUAUUGCUUCGUGCAGGUGUCUUUGGGAAUGAGGCCCAUUUGAGCAUGGCAGUGAAACUGGCUCGGGCCUACGAAAAGUUCAAGAGUGCAGAUGAAGCUGAAACCAUCUUCGGUGAUGGCAAGAUGUUCUUGGACACCUACAUCCGAUUGACUGGGAUGUCUAUCAGGCUGGGCCACCAGGAGUGGUUCUUGAGACCCAAGCUGCACGCAGCAACUGUCGCCAUUUUCAUGGCUUUGUGGACGAGGUGUGUAUCUCAAAGGCCACCCGCGAUUUGCCUUCAAAUUUAUCAUGCGGUGCUCAAAGCUGAGGAGCCUUUCCUGUGGAAUUUGGACAAUUGUUCAACUGCUAUGUCGCUGAACGUUUGGCACAAAAUCGCUGAGUGGAAAAAUGGGAGAUUGCGA